AUGAAAAGAGAUAAGUUUGACAGUGAGUACCGUUAUGGGCACGUGUCGAGACAAGACACAUCAACUAAGAACGUGUCGUACUUUGUUACACGUGUCGUUGGCCCAGUGACCCAGUCCUCCACCGUUCCACUUUCGAUAAAGAAACUUGCGACGGUGAGCAUAACUCAUGGGGGAGAUGUCUCUUAUGUCCUCCGUCAAGCUACCACCCGAUCAUUUGAUCGCCUCUUCACCGCAUUUAGACAAACCGAGGUAAUGAGAGACCGUCACGACGAUAGGUCCACAGCUAGUUACGUGCAGGAUAAGGCGAAGGAAGGGGUGAAGAAAGCUACGGACGCAGCUGUGAACGCAGGAGAUAACAUGAAGGAUGCGAUGGAUGGAGCCUGGAAAGCGGCUAAGGAAACGGGUCAGAACAUCAGCGAAGCUGUGGCGGGUGAUGAUGACAACGGGGAUAGGAUUCAAGAGGACAAGGUCGCUGUGGAGCUGAAGGAUGUGAGCCAGCCUGUUGACACGACUGAGUAUAGAGGUGUGGAGGAUUUACAUCAGCAAACCGACGGCGAGAAUAAGUCACCAUGAGAAAAUGCGUGAGGGUGCUUGUUGUCUUUUUUUAAAAAAAAAU